UUGCUCAGACACGGGGUCGCUUUGCGCUGAGAAUUGCCUCAGACUGAUGAUCAGGCGGCCGCCCUCCCCGCCUCCUGCAACUGGCUGGGAGCGACGCCCGCCCCAGCCGCAUAAUCCACUCCAGCCAAAAUAUUUAUACACAGGCGGAGCGGACUCGCCCCCACACACUCAUUCACCAAAGAGAGGGCCGCCGCCGACGCGACCCAUUCAGCGACUCGGACCGUUAUCCGCGCUGCCGAGCCUCGAGUCAGCGAGCGAGACGCUCCAAAACCUCCGGGCUCUGACUGUGGAGAGACUCACGCGCGUUUAGCACCGGCGCUGGUGAUUCAUUUUGUUAGGAACUUUAAUUUUCACGCCAUGAGCUGUUUCAUUGCCGUUAACAUUAUCAUAUUUGUCGCUUUAUGCGACUUUAUCGGACGCUACCCAGCAAACGCCGGGAUGUGCUGGCUGCAGCAGGGCCGCGAGCCGCGCUGCGCCAUGGUGCUGAUGCGGGGAGUGAGCCACCAGGAGUGCUGCGGCAGCGGGAGCCUGGACACGGCCUGGUCCGACAGCACCCUGCCCAUCAACGAGGUCAGCCUGCUCGGAUUCCUGGGGAUCGUGCCUUGCAGGCCCUGCAAAGGUAACUGGUUCUGUCACAGCAGGUGUGCUUUCCCCCGUGGCCGGGGCAUGAAGAGGUUGCAUCACCUUCGCUGUUAUCGAAGGCCCGUCUGCGGCUCCGACGGCAACACCUACCGGGACGAGUGCUCCCUGCUCCUGGCCAAGUGCCGGGGCCUGCCCGACCUGGAGGUCAUGUACCAGGGGGAGUGCAAAAAGUCCUGCUCCAACGUGGUGUGCCCGGGCACGCACACCUGCGUGACCGACCAGACGGACAGCGCCCACUGCGUGAUGUGCCGCACCGCCCCCUGCCCCAUGCCCAUGGCCUCGGAGCCCCCCAUCUGCGGCAACGAUAACAUCACCUACCCCAGCGCCUGCCACCUGCGCAGGGCGACGUGCUUCCUGGGCAGAUCCAUCGGCGUCCGCCACUAUGGCCACUGCACACGUAAGCCAGCGCCUCGUGGUUAGGUCCUCCCUGAGGCGGGCUCACUGUGCCACUCUCUUGUAAGCGAUGGCGAAGGACUGGGGAGCCAUCUUACAAGCACGGUACAGCACAUUCCUGACAGAAGCAAAGCAAGGCAAACACAUUUCACAUGCACACCAGUGCACGUCUGUGUGGCAGGAGUGCAGACAUACAGUACACAUUUAGAAUAAUAA